GAGAAAUUUAACAUAAAAAAUACAAAUGCAGUUAAUACUUAGAGCUCUGACUUCAGUCAGAAUUUCAACAUCAUGAUUCCAAGUGUUUUAGAGUUUGAAAGUUCACAUAAAUUUCAGGGAUGCAAUGGGUUUGAUACAGAAUCAAAAAGAGUUUCAUUUCUAGAAAAAGUCCAGGAGUCUUUAAAACGAACAGGAGGAAGAUUAGUUUAUGAUAAACCAUUAGAUUUAAUUUAUGUUCUUAACCAAGCUCUAUAUGAUGAGUUACCACAUACAAGAUGCAUAGCAAUGACGAUUUUAAUUGAUGCAAUACCACUGUAUGGAAUGGAACUUGAUAAUCAUUUAAAGUUGCUAUUUCCUGGAAUUCUUGACAAUCUAGUUAAUCGUAAUCUACCAGUAAAAAGAUGCGCUCUUCAAGUGCUGCAUUUAUAUUUUAAAAGAAAUGCUGAUAAAUCCCUUAUUAUUGACAGUUUAUUGCGUCAUGGUUUUACAAACAGUAAUAAAGUACUGCGCAAUGAAGUAUUUUUAAUUGUUCCUGCAUUGGUUCGUUCAGGUUUUAAUAAAAAAGAUUUGAAAGAACUAUUUGUAUCAGUUUUAAAAAUACUGCCACAGAUUGAUGUUGCAGAAUCCAAACUUCCAGUCUUGCUGUGUCUUGAACACAUAAAGGAUAGUAUUGGUGAAGAGUUUACUAGUUUCUUAACAUCAUUAGAAAAGAAUUUGAUUGAUUCAUAUAACAAUAUAAUGCUUAAAACAAGUUUUUCAAGGAAAGAAAAUAUUAUAAGUAGAGGGAAGCUUAUAGCUGUAAAUGAAUCUCCAAAUUUUAAGGAGUCUUUUCAUGUUGAAAAUAAAUUAUCUUGUGAUCUACUUUUCGGAUUUCUUCCACAGACAGUUAUGGAUAAAUUGAAUAAUCGUGCCAGUUUAGAAGAUCGCUCAUAUGCUUGCAAUGAGUUUAUUAAGCAUCUUUCUUCUGCAGAGGUUAUACUAGUUCAAAGCAAUGCUGAAUCAAUUUUAGAGAUUAUAAGUACACUACUUGUGGAGUCUGAUUUAAGUGUUGCCCUGCCAGCACUAUCUCUCUUACAUAGAUUAAUUACAAUUAUUGGUCAUAGUGUUAAAGAACACUUAAACAUUUUAACAAAUCUUAUGCUUAAAAUAAUGAAUGAUCCUAGAGCUGUACUUAGAAAAUUGAACCUAUGUAUUGGGUUAACAGUCAUGCACAAUCUCUCUCCAGAUGUUUUUUUUCAAAAUAUUAUACCACAUUUAUUCAACAAAAGCGCAAGAGUUAGAGAAGAAAUAAUUAAUAUGAUUAUUGGAGGUUUACUUACCUUUCCAGCAUCUAGUUUUAAUUUGAAACAGCUUCCAUCACAAAUAACCUUUUGUUUGUUAGAUAAAAAGAAAAGAGUCAGACAUGCAUGUUUAGAAUGCUUAGCAGUUCUUGCUCAUUCUCUGGGAUCAGGACAUCUAAAACCUUUAGUUUUAGCAGUUGACAAUCUUGAAUCACAAUAUGAAGGAGUGUUAGCUGCUGUUCAAGCACGGUUAAGCCGCUCUUUGCUUCCAAGUAUAAACGAAGAAGGUCUUAUUCAAUAUGCUUUAGUAAUACCUUCAAAUGUUGAUAAAAUGGUUUGUCACUUGCCAGAUGUUGCAUGGAUUCUUUCUGGGACUGUUGUAAAUAAUCACAACAAUUAUGAGAGUCAAUUGCAUAGCAAUUCUAGUGCUAUCAAAAGUCAUCUCCAUAAACAUAAUGGUAUAGAAGAUACAAAUUUACAGUUUGUUUCACAAAGAAGUGCUGUUGUUCGUAGUGCACCAGUUUACCAGAUAUCGAACGAAGUUGUUGAUCAUAAAUUAUCUGAUUUAUUGACUACUCGAAAUUUAAAGCAAAAACAAAGUGAAAAAAACAAAUCAUUUGAGAAUGACUUAGAUAAUGAUCAAGCUUUCCUUCGAUCAGAGUCAAACAGCUCAUAUUUUGAAAUGUACAAAACAAAAAUGAAGCAGAUAAAAGCUGCAGGACUGCAAGCUGAUAUUAAUGUUCUUCAAAACGUUCUCCCUAUGAAUAAUAGAUCAAACUUCCACUCUCCUGAAAUGUUAAAAAAUACAUUGAAAAUUGAACCGUACUCAAGAUCAUUUGUCACAAGUCCCAAUUUUAAUAUAUCACCUGUUAACUGUGGAGUCUCUUUGUCCCCUUUAGGUUUUUUGUCUACUGGAAGAAGCAAUGCCCACUCUGAUAAACAAGAUCAUGACCAACAAAUACCAAUAAAGCCUACUUUAGUUCGAUCUGCUUCAAGCAAAAGAAAUACAAGUGCUUCACUUAAAAAAGAGGACCUUCUUCAAGUUGAUGAUCUCGCUCACACACUACCAAAAUGUCGAAGUCAACUGCGUCGGAUUUCUGGAAUUAUGGAUUCUCCAUUCCCUUUGCGUCCUACCAUACAUAGAACACCAUCAGGACGCAUGUCAGGAAAGUGUGUUUUUGAAAUUGAACAUCAGAGUGAUUCAUCAAAUCUUGAAAAUAUGAAAAUGUUAAGCAUCUCAUCGCCAGCUAUAACAGACAAUGCAUUUACUCAAGAAAUAACCUCAGAGAAAGAUAUUAUCUUUGAUAGGAAUAUGAAAUCUCCAUUUAUCAAAACACCAAAAGCAAGAGUUAUGAAAUCCCCAAUAAAUAGCAUAAAAAAUGAAACCGACUUUACAGACAGAAAGUAUUUUAAAAACUCUACAGAUCAAUCAUUAAAAAUGCAAAGUGCUUUUCAAGAUAAUAACAACAAUACUGCUUCAUUUGAUACUGAUAGUGUUGAUAAUCAAGGCUUUAUAAAGUCCUCAAGUGUUAAGAAAGCUAGAUCAAAAAAUCACGACCUUUCAAAACAAGACCAAAAGUUACAUAAAAAACACAAAGGAAAAAUUGAACAGCAAGAGUUAAGAAUGCAAGAGGAGGUAAGACUGUGGAAAGAGAGUGAGGAGCAGAGGAAAGAAGAAGAUAAGAAAUAUAUACUGGAAGACAUCAAGAAAAGUUAUGUUGUAAAAAAAGUUCCAAAAACUAAAGAAAGGAUAGAAAUCAAAGAUGUUUCAGAUGCUUGUAUAGAAAAUUUAGAUGAACAGAUAGAUUUGCGCAGAAGUGUUGAGAAAAAAGAUUUUUCUAACAACUUAAAUUGUUUAAAUACUUCACUGGAUUCGCCUGAUAGUUCAGGGUUUAUUGCCCAAACAAAAAACACAUCAAGAAAGUCUUUGCAGGUUAUUGAAAACCAGCUGGUUACAAGAGACCUGCCUAGCUGCUCUCCUGUUGAAUGUAAAGUUGAUGAACCAGACACUUUACAAAACAAUGUGUCAUCCAUUACUAUUGCUUUGCAGCUGCUAAAAAGUAGUCAAGAAGAAUGGGAAAACAAAUGUGAAGGGAUAACUAUGGUUCGCCAGCUUUUAAGGACUCAUCAAGAUGCUGUGAUCGGACAGUUUCAUCUGGUUGUAGAGGCUGUUUUAAAUGAGGUCAAAAAUCUUCGCUCACAAGUUACUCGUGCAGCACUAGGUUGUGUAGCUGAGCUGUUUGAAUAUGUUCCAAAAAUGGCUGAAUCAGAGACAGAGGUUAUUUUAAAAGGGAUUCUGCAGAAAGCUGCAGACACAAAUCAAUUUAUUCGCCAAGAUGUAGAUACAGUGAUGACAUAUUUUGUUGCUAACAUUAAUCCAGUAAAGGCGGUAUCUGCCUUAAUAGCUUUUGGUACCAGUCAUCGAAAUGGGCAAAUUCGUAAAAUCUGUGCAAAAGCCAUGGCUGAUAUUGCUGAGAAAAUUGGUUAUUCUCGUUUAUUGUCAAUUCACAAAGAUAUUCUUGUUGUUUCUGCAAAGUUAGCAACUGAUUCCCAGCAAGAUUCACGAUAUCAUGGCAGACGUAUUUUAAAUUAUUUACUUGACUGUCCAGAUUUAGAUAAACUUAUUGUUAAAGACCUUCCAAAAGCAAACAUCAUAGCAGUUCAAGAAGUCAUUGAAAAUCUUCGACAAAAGGGUUUAGGAGAGCCACCUACUGGUUCUGCUACUUCUCGGGUUUUGCAGAGUUCUUCAGGGCUAUCUCCUACUAAAAGUAGCAAGAUUAGAGCACAACACAUCUCUCAUGAAGAAGAUAAUUCAAGGUUAACACAGAGAAAAAAGAAAACAAGGUUGAAAGAACUAACAGAUGUUGGAAAAGCAAUUGAUAUGGAUUCUUUACAAAAGCUAGAAUCUGCAAAUUGGAAUGAACGGUAUUCUGGGUUAGAUGAUUUUUACAACUUAGUGUCUAUGAAUCCAACUGCUGUUUCUGCUCAAGUUGUUAAGAUAUUCGACAAGUUUUCUCCAAGAUUGUGUGAUUCUAACAGCAAAGUAAGUCUUUAUGCUUUGCAAAUUUUAAAUCGAUGUAUUCCAAUUUUACGUAAUGGAAUUUCACCUGCAGCUACAAUUCUAAUUGAGAAUUUAAAAACUUUAUUGGCAUCUAAAAAUGAUACCAUAUUUAGUGCUGCCAAAGAUUGCAUGGUAUCCUUGACUAAACUAGUUGAUAAUAACACUCUUGUGUUGCCACUAGCCACAGCAGUCCAGUAUUCUAAUUCAAGAAACAGAGCAGAAUUAACUGAUCUCUUAAAUGAUAUCAUUCCAACAGUGUUUGCACGAAAGCCUGGCACUAUACAUAGAGUGAUACUUCCAGUGUUAUGGAAAUUAUUAGCAAUGCCUUAUAGUAAUGAGUCAUCUCCUGGUCAUAUAUCAAUGCAAGAAGCUCUAGUAAAGUUCAUUCAUACACUUUAUGAUUGCAUUGGUAUAGAGCUUAAAAAUGAAGCUGCAACAAAAGAACCUAUUAUAUUGCAACGAAUUGAAGAAUUAAUAGGAUAGAAGAUCUUGCAGUACUGGGGAGUAAAAAUAUCUUUAUCUCCUUUUUAUCAGUAAAGAUAUAAAUAAAGCUUCUCGAAUUCAUUUUAGUUAACUGUAACUAAAAUUAAAAA